UAAACCAGAGAGUCGCGGAGAUAGAGGGGACCUUCAAGAGCUUCCUGGCCAGGAGCGAUAUCGGCAUCGUUCUGAUCAACCAGUUCAUCGCCGAGAUGAUCCGCCACGCCAUCGACGGCCACCUUGAGUCCAUCCCUGCCGUGUUGGAGAUUCCUUCAAAAGAACAUCCGUACGACGCCAGCAAAGACUCCAUCCUGAGGCGCGCCAAGGGCAUGUUCUGUGCCGAGGACUUCCGCUAACCAGAACGCACCGCUGACCAGGGGCCCUGAAUGCCCCACCACCUGUAGACCCCUCUGUACAGUGCUGUGUUUCCUCUUAUUAAUAUAAAAACCUUGAAUGCACCACGCCCUGUGCUGUGUUUCCUCUGAGUGUGUGAGUGACUUGUUCCGGGAAGUGGAGGACGGUCAUGUGAUGAGUUUGAUGUUUACUUCCUGUUUAUGUUGUUGAUGCUUAACUUAUAAAAUAAAGAUUCUGUAUGUGAUUU